GCCGGCACUAACAUCUAACGGUACUCCGAAUCUCAAAUUUCCGUCGGCCAAAACGGAUUGAGUAGUUUGUCACCCGCAACUUGGUUGAGUUUUGACGUUUAGACAAAUAGAGAACAAAGAUGAUAGGUUCAUUGCUCGCCAGAUUACUUUUGAUGGUGUUUGGAUAUGUCUAUCCAGCCUAUGAAUGUUACAAAACAGUGGAAAUGAAUAAGCCAGAUAUUCAUCAGCUUCGGUUCUGGUGUCAGUACUGGAUUUUGGUUGCAGUUCUCACCGUAUGUGAAAGAGUUGGAGAUCUUUUCAUCUCAUGGAUACCACUUUAUGGUGAAGCUAAGAUUGCAUUGUUUAUAUACCUAUGGCAUCAUCGAACAAGAGGGGCAACACACGUUUACAACUUCUUCCUGAAGCCUUAUGUAUCCGAACAUGAGAAGGAGAUCGAUGGGUACGUACUACACAUAAAAAACAAGGCUUUGAGUAUCGCCAUGGUGAUGUGUCAGCAGGCUGCAUUUUAUGGGCAGACCAAAUUUUUUGAGAUUUUGCAGUAUGCAUCUUCUCAUAGUACUCCAUCCACAUCAUUUGAAUCGUCUGAGAAAAUCCAUGUUAAUGUAGCCGGAAGAGUAGAUUGAACUUUGCCGCUGCCCUAUAUUCGAUACAAUUUUUUGGGUAGAAAUUUCUUUCUUCUUUUUGAUAGAAAGGAAAAGGAUUAAAUAUUUUGUAGGAGUAUAUAAUUUUUCAUUAGGGAAUUUCUUUUGUAAAUAUAGUCGUAGCCCUUUACAAAAACUAAUGUAGUAUUUUCAUUACAUAAG